GACAAAUACGCGCAGAUCGCGCCGUACGCGGGCAUGCCCAAGGAGGUGCUGCUGCUGUACUCCAGCCAGGCCCGCUACAGGGUGCCCCGGCAGAUUCUCUUCUGGCUGACGGUGGCGUGUACCCUGGCCCUGGUGGCGCUGACGGUGACGGUCAUCGCCCUGUCCCCCCGCUGCCUGAGCUGGUGGCAGGCGUCCCCGGUGUACCAGGUGUACCCCCGCUCCUUCAGGGACUCGGACGGCGACGGAGUCGGAGAUCUCAAAGGUAUCCAAGAGAAGCUGGAUUACUUUCAGUACCUAAACAUCAAGUCGGUCUGGAUCAGUCCCUUCUACCGCUCUCCCAUGAGAGACUUUGGCUAUGACGUGGAAGACUUCAUGGCCAUCGACCCACUCUUUGGAACGAUGCAGGACUUUGAAGAGCUUCUGGCUGAAAUGCAUAACAAAGGUCUGAAGUUAAUCAUGGACUUCAUUCCCAACCACACCAGCGAUCGCCACCACUGGUUCAACCUGAGCCGCACCAGAGACGAACACUACAAGGACUACUAUGUGUGGACCGACUGCAAUGCAACCGCGCUGCCAAACAACUGGGUGAGUGUGUUUGGAAACUCGUCAUGGACCUAUGAUGACGUUAGAGGACAGUGCUACCUGCACCAGUUCCUCAAAGAGCAGCCAGACCUCAACUUCAGAAACCCACAUGUUCGCCAAGAGAUAAUUGACAUCAUUCGCUUCUGGCUUGGAAAGGGAGUGGACGGUUUCCGCAUGGAUGCAGUGAAGCACCUCUUCGAGGCCGCACACCUGAGAGACGAACCGCAGGUGGACCCACACCAACCGCCCGAGUCUAUAAACUCGGAGUGGCACCUCCACCAUGACUACACCACCAGUCAGCUGGGGCUACAUGACCUGCUGAGGGAAUGGAGGGCAGAGAUGGACAUCUACAGCCGUGAACCUGGCAGAUACAGGUUCAUGGUGACGGAGUCCUACGAUUACCAUGAGGUGGACAAGACCAUGAUGUACUAUGGCACGCCGCAGGUUAAAGAGAGCGACUUCCCCUUCAACUUUUACCUGCUUGACCUGCCUCACAACACCAGUGGCUUUUGGGUUCAUCGUCUGGUCGACCUCUGGAUGGCCAACAUGCCUGAGGGUCAGUGGCCCAACUGGGUGGUAGGAAACCAUGACAAGCCUCGAAUUGCUUCCAGUGCUGGAAGAAAUUAUGCACGGGUGGUCAAUAUGCUGCUGCUGACCCUGCCAGGCACGCCCACCACCUACUAUGGUGAGGAGAUCGGCAUGGAGAACAUCAAUGUUACACAAAGCCAGAUACAGGACCCUGCUGGCAAAUACAAUGCAAGCGCUAGUCGGGAUCCCCAGCGGUCUCCAAUGCAAUGGAGCGGUGAUAAGAACGCAGGCUUCAACGACCAAACCAAUAUCACCUGGCUGCCAGUACACCCCGACUUCAAGACCAUUAAUGUGGAGGUCCAGAGGGAAGAUGAAACUUCUCUUCUGGCCCAAUACCGUUUUCUGAGCACCUUGCGUCAGUCAGCGCUCCCACUCCACCGCGGCUGGUUCUGCUACAUUCACACCGACGCCAACAUCUUCUCCUACAUCCGGGAGCUGGACGGGCUGGACCGGGCUUUCCUCAUCGUUCUCAACUUUGGCAAGGAAUCCGCUGUCACAGAUCUCUCCUCUAUCAUCGAGCUACCGGAGCAGCUGAGAGUGCUGAUGAGCACCGACCGGACUAAGGAUGGGAAGGGACUACAGAAGUCCCGCAUCGUGACCGCAGCACAAGAGGGUUUGGUGAUCGAGUACUCCACCCACACUCGGUUUCAUUUCAACCACAAGAAGCAGUGCCAUGUCUCUGAGAAGGCCUGCUAUCUGGGGGCAAUGGACAUAUUGUACAGAUGCUAAGAUAAGAGGGCUGUGGUUAUCAAAUUAUUUUAUAGAAAGAAUCAAAUAAUCAAACUUUAUACCCAGUG